CUAUAAUUCUAUUGUUCUCCAACGCUACCAUUCCUCCAGUAAAUAACUUACGGUACUGUUCUGGCCCUCUGAGCUUUAAAUAUUGGCACCAUAGUCGCAAAUCCCUAUGGCCGAACCACCAUCGAAACGAGUGCGGUAUACUCCUCGCAAAUCGGGUGCCGACGACCGCGAUACCAACAAGCGGACUCCAUUCACAGAUCUCCAUAACUUAGCGAACGUCAUUCGAAACCCCGCGACACCCUCUGAACGGGCGUCCAGUCGCCAGCCAGCUUCAGCGUUCAAAAUCCCCGUUCGGACGCCCGGAAGCUUAUCACGCGGGCCGCGAACGAUUUCUCGGUCUCGACUACAGCGAAGCACCAAACCGACUACUCCCCAUGCGAUCCGCGCAUAUCAGCAAAGGAUUGACCGGGCAGGGACCCCGGGAAGAGAUCGACGAAAGAGUGGGAGAUUGCAGAGGGAGACUCCGAGGGACACUCUACGAAACCUGAGUAGACUCCUUGCCGCACGUACCGCACCGAUAGAGCCGUCUCCAGCUGCUAUCCCCUCAACCAAGCGUCGCAGAAAUGGAUUCGAGGAUUUCUUCGACGAGCCUGACGAGGCACCGCCCCGUCUCUCGCUCCCUUUAAACGCGCUGGAAGAUGACGACAGUUUCCACGAGAAAGUCCCACGUUUUUCGGUCAACCUGGAUGAAGAUGAAGAAGACGAUGACGAAGCCACAGUGGCAGCUCUAUCCCAGAGCUCGGCAAAAACAGCGCGUUCGGCAAGGGAUGUGGAAAUGGGCCGACGACAAGAUCUUUCGAGGUUUAGUUUGGGUGGGUUGGCGCUGGAGACCUUGAGCGAUCGUUUCGGUGAUAUGGAAGAAUACGAGAUGGACGAACAGACAGCCAAUCUCACCGGGGUCCUGGAGCACAUCGGAAUGGAAGAUACCCAAGCAUUCUUGGAGGAGAUUGGUGCGAUGGAAGACGAUGAUACAACACAGCAGGUCCAGGCAAUUCUGCGGAGAGAGUCUAGACUGGAUGCUGAGCGCCGUUCCUCGUCGCCUUCGGAUGGUAACACUACGACAUUUCAGUUCCGCGUUCCCGAGAGGCGACAGGAGUCCCCACAACCCGAAUCACCCGCGCAAUCGGAUCCGGGGGGGUUUACACAGCAGGACGAAACGCAACUAAGCGAAGGUGACUCGGACGGUUCGGAAAUGGUGGAAGAAGUGGUUUCGGCUUCCCUAAACAAUCGGAUUCCAACACCACAGAACACACAUUUUCUGGUGCAGGAUGAUGCUAUGAGGAACAGCCCGGAACGCUCUCCAGUAAAGCGAGGCCCGGAGCCAAAGAAGAUAUCGAAAUUUGGCAAGCCCUAUGGGUCGUUUCCGCCAUCCGUCAUCAAACGACUGGCAACAGCAACGGCCAAAUCCUGCGGCAUCGCCAAUGGAAAACUGGGAAAAGACACGUUGCUAGCUAUUUCCCAAGCUAGCGAUUGGUUUUUCGAACAGGUUGCUGAAGACCUUGCAAGCUAUGCCGAUCACGCCGGCCGAAAAACGAUCGAGGAGUCGGACAUGCUUGCUCUCAUGAGAAGACAACGGCAGACGAGUGCAUCGAAUACGCCCUUUUCGCUGGCGCAACGAUUUCUUCCUCGGGAGCUGAUUCAAGAAAUACGAAUGACUGCGCCGAUCAAGGCUCGAAAAAGGAAGAAGAACCGCAUGGCGACAAUCACAGAGGAGCCGGAGUAG